AUAACUUUUUUUUAAUCAAUUUCUUAUCACCUAAAUUUAUUGACCCUUAAACGAUACCAUAAGCCUUCUAUUAUUACUAUUUUGGUCGUGGUUUAAAGUGCAAAUUCAUAUAUAUUACGUAUUCCUAAGCCUUAAAAAAAGAACAAAAAUGAAAUUUGGAAAACUAAUUGGAGCCAUCGACGAAGGCACCUCAUCUGCUCGAUUUAUGAUCUUCAAAGCCGGAACAGAUGAAAUUGUUUGCUAUCAUCAAAUGAAUGUCCCUCAAAUCUACCCACAAGAAGGAUGGGUAGAACAGGAUCCAAUGCUAAUACUCACCGUUGUGAGUACUUGCAUUGAUGAAGCUUUAAAAAAACUCAUAGAACUUGGAGGACAAGUACAAGAUAUUGUAGCUGUCGGAGUGACCAAUCAAAGAGAGUCGACACUUGUAUGGGACAAGAAUACAGGCAAACCUUUGCAUAAUGCUAUUAUUUGGUUAGAUAUGCGGACUUCUUCCACAGUUGACCAUUUGAUGGAAAGUAUUCCAAAUAAAUCUUAUAAUAAAAACUAUUUAAAACCUUUGUGCGGGUUGCCAAUGUCUCCAUACUUCUCUGGCCUAAAGCUACGUUGGUUAAAAGACAACGUUCCACAUGUGACAAAAGCCAUGAAAGAUGGCACUUGUCUCUUUGGCAAUGUGGAUGCUUGGUUAAUUUGGAAUCUCACUGGUGGCUUGCACAUGACUGACGUCACAAAUGCCUCGCGAACGAUGCUGAUGAACAUUGAGACUCUCCAAUGGGAUUCGCAUCUGUUAAAGUUCUUUGAUUUACCACGCAGUAUUUUACCGGAAAUCCAUUCCAGUGCUGAAGUGUAUGGGAAUAUAGCAUGGCCAGCGCUUAAAGGUAUUCCCAUAGCAGCUUGCAUGGGAGACCAGCAGGCUGCGUUGGUGGGCCAGCAAUGUUUGCAGAGGGGCCAAGCGAAAGCAACUUUUGGAACCGGGUGUUUCUUGCUUUACAAUACAGGCAAUUCGAUUGUCAGCUCGGCUCAUGGUUUGCUGACUACCGUUGGGUAUCAGUUGGGUAAAAAUGCAAAUCCAUUUUAUGCUCUGGAAGGGAGUGUGGCAAUAGCUGGAGCAGCUUUGAAUUGGCUUAAAGACAAUUUGGGAAUUGUGGAUGAGUUUAGCGCUGUAGAGAAAAUUGCAAAUAAAGUUGAUGAUUGUGGAGAUGUGUAUUUUGUGCCGGCAUUCAGUGGAUUGUAUGCACCAUAUUGGAAUCAAGAAGCUAGAGGAGUAAUUUGCGGAAUAAGCGAUCAAACUACUAGUGAACAUAUUGUUCGGGCAACAUUGGAAGCUGUAUGCUUUCAAGUUCGCGAUAUUCUUGAUGCAAUGAACAAAGAUUGUGGAAUUCCUUUGACUAAGUUGAAAGUCGAUGGAGGUAUGACAGCUAAUAGUUUGCUUCUACAAACUCAAGCCGAUUUGGUGGGAAUCAAUGUUAUUCGACCAAAAAUUGCUGAAACAACAUCGCUGGGAAUUGCUCUUGCUGCAUACAAAGCCAUUUCAGAUGCCGAUAUUGAUGUACCUGUGUCCAAUACCGAUGCUAAUAGAACAUUUAAGCCUUUGAUUAACGAAAACGAACGAGAUAUGCGUUAUUCAAAGUGGAAAAUGGCAGUGGACCGUUCAUUUGGUUGGGAUUCAAGUCACUCCGACGUACGAAAUCUCUCCUCUUCAUUCUAAAUUGAUUGAAAUCGAAAAUUUUUUAAAUAAUACAACGGUAAUUGUGAUUUUGUUUUGUUUUUUCCAUUAUGUGGGGUUAUGUCUUUAUAAGUGCAACGAUUUUGUUCAUGUUAAAAAAAAAUUAAAAUAAAAAAUAGAAAAAAAACCAAAUAAAUAACGAGUAAAAUAAUAAAUAUUAAAAAAAA